AACCCAUUAUUAAGUCACUCUCGGCCAAAACAAAUUUCAUUUGAAUCUCAUGAGAAUGUUAGGACAAUCUGAGAGCAUCCCACUUUCCCAUUGUCGUUAGGAAAAGAGACCCACGCCUUGAAGAUUCAAUCUUUACCAAAUACACACACUGAUCUACGGGGAGAUGAAGAAACCGUUUGGGAGUCCAGGAAAAGCGAGUGGUCUGAUAUUGAGGAUAGGACAGUGCUUAUUUUCAACAGCUUCAAUUGGAGUGAUGACCUCUGCUUCUGGCUUCUUUACUGUUACUGCGUUUUGCUAUUUAAUUGCAUCAAUGGGAAUUCAGGUUUUGUGGAGUUUUGGGCUUGCCUGCCUCGACAUUCAUGCUUUGAGGUUCAACAAGGAGCUGCAUAAUCAUGUCAUUAUGAGCCUGUUCGUCGUUGGUGACUGGGUAGUAGCAACUCUAUCCCUUGCGGCUGCAUGCUCCUCAGCUGGUGUCAUGGUUUUGUUUACUAAAGACACAGAGAUGUGCAAGACAUAUACCAAAUUCUCUUGCAAUUUGUUCCCGAUUUCAAUAGCUUUUGCCUUUGUGUCCUGGUUUCUUGUGGCCAUUUCAUCGUAUGUAAUGUUUUGGCUUGUGGCCUCGAUUUGAAAGAUAUAGAAAUGAAGCCACGAAUGUGAGCAGUUAUUUCAACUCUUGAUGUACAUAUUGUCGAGUUUGAAGUCACUUCUCUUUUUUUCACUUGUUUUGAUUUGUUGUAAAACAUGAUCUGAUUUAUCGUGGUGGCUGUUCUUCGGUAGCCCAAUCUGUAAAUGAGACCUAACCCUUGAGCUUCAGAUAAAAGAUUCAUCAGUUUUGCUACAGGUA